UACGUGCCGCCCCCGCUCUCCGUGCAGCAAGAAGAUGCAAUCAUCCACACGCGCAUUACGAACGACGAGAAGGCCCUGCGCCGUGUGACCCGCAAGUUCCACACCUACGCCUCCGUCGCGUACCCCCCAAUCGUCCCGCCGACACCGUCCAACGGCACGUCCGUAGAGGAUGCGCGCGACGCCUUCCUCCUCGAGCUGGCCUCGUUCCAGCUGUCGCUCAAGAAGAGCUUCAUGGUGUGCGAGGCGGAGGCGCGGCAGGUAGAGGAGUACCAGCACGAGCGGGGUCGCAUAGCAAACGAGCGCAGCCGCCUGAAGGACCAGAUCGAGGAACACAAGGCUACCCUUGAGCAAGCGCAGCUCGAGCGUAAGCAGAAGAUCGAAUACGACGUGAUCGCGGAGAAGGUCAACACGCUGCCCAACAGGGCAGAGCUCGAGCAAUCAAUACAAGCUCUCGAAAACGACAUGGCGGCCAUACGUGCUGAGCAGGAAAACCAGAACCGCAUACUACUCGCGCAGAAGGCCGCGCUAGACACCGUCAUCCACGAUAUCAACGUGCUCCGCCUCAUGGGCAAGGACGCGGCGGAGGAGUCUUCCGCAGACACCCCUGCACCGGACACACAACCCGGAGAAGAUGUGGAGAUGGACGGGACCGGGAGCGUGCGCACCCGCGAGGAGUCUGGCGAGCUCAGGGAGGACGUGCUAUCACGGGCAGCUAGCACCGGAAAGGCGGUGGAGGAGGUGCACGACUCGGAUGAAGAUAUCCCACUAUCGAAAGCGCUCCUCAACCCCGCCGCGCGAGCGUUUCUGCCGACGUCACGAACAAAUACCCCUAUACUCUCCGCGUCGCGCAGCACACCUGCCGCUCCACCGAAAUCAUCAGAAGAGGACGAUAUCGAGAUGGGAGAGAUAGGAGAGGAGCCCAGAGACGCGCGAGGGAGGCGAAAGGCACGAGAAGAAGAACUGGAAGAGGGCGAGGCGAGCGACGAGAGCAGUGAGCUCUCUGAACCUCCGGACGAUUAA